GGCCCUACAGGUGUUUGAGACUCGUAAUCGUAUCGUACGUGAGGUGUCAUUCAACCCGGAAGUACCUUGGAACAUGAACUGUGCGGGUUGUACACCGUACCCGGAAACAACCCAAUAGACAGCAAGUCAUAUCAUAUAUGGGUAGAAUUCCAUAACGGAAUUCAUUUCCUGGGAAUUGUCAGAAAAUCAUGGCCAAGUUAGCAGAACUCUUUGAAACCGAGAUUCCGGCAGGACGAAGCCAGUUGCAGGAAAGUCAUACCAGUCUGCUGAAAGUGGCAUCCUUUUGCGAAGAAAAUUAUCUGCAGGCUGAAAAUAAGACGGCUGCCUUGGCAGAGACCAAGCAGUAUGCUACCCAGUCGCUGGCCAGCGUGGCCUAUCAGAUCAACACCUUGGCUACCAGCAUGCUACAGAUGCUGGACUUACAAGGAGUACAACUGGCUGACAUGGAAUCAAGCACCAAUCAUCUUGCCAGGAAUGUGAGUGUUCACAAGGAGAAGGUUUCUCGUCGGGAGAUCGGGGUCCUAACCGCCAACAAGCAUUGCCCCCACACCCACAAGAUCGUCGCGCCAGCCAACCCCGAGCAACCCAUCAAGUACAAAUCGGCACCCAUUGACUACGGCCUGCUGGAUGACAUCGGGCACGGCAUGAAGAUCAGCGAUCCGGCCAAGGCCGACACUUUCAGGAAGCGCAAGGAGUCCCAAAGCCUCCCGAGCCCCGGCCCGGUACCGGACAACUUCCCAGUUUUCAAUCCCGAUGAACGGCCGCCCAAUUCCCCCCUCGAAGUCGAUCUGUACGCGACGGUCCGUAAGACAGGCACCCCGCAAGGCUCCCCUAAGUCGGUGAGGCAGUAUCGAUCGCAAAAAUCAGUGCCAGUAGGGGGACAUCCCUCCCCUCCCCCUCCUCCUCCCCCUGACCCUGAUAUGCCGCCUCCCCCUCACCCUAUGCCCCCCGCUCCAGACUCCUCUCUUCCACCUGCUAUGGCUCCCCCACCAAUGGCACCUCCACCACCUGCUCUACUGGCAACCAAAGUGGCAGAUGAUGAGAAGAAGAAACAAGAGAAGGAUGUGACUCCUAGGAUGGUGAAUCCACCUCCCCCUCCCCCUGAUAUGAUGGUUUUGCCUCCCGAUGAAGCUGCUUCAUCGUUUCCCCCUCCCCCGCCCAUGGAUGACAUCCCUUACCCAGCCAACAUGGGCAUUGGUGAUGAUGAGAUGCCCCUACCUCCGGAGUUUGUUCAGACUAGUGACGUGGACCAAUCUGCCCCCGCAGACUACAUAGAAAAAGUCAUUGCCCUUUACGGCUACGAGAAAAAUCUGGAAGAUGAGCUGACAUUCCAGGAAGAUGACAUCAUCUACGUGCUGAAAAAGAACCCCAAUGGUUGGUUUGAGGGCGUUUUGAAUGGAGUCACAGGCUUGUUUCCUGGAAACUACGUGCAGGCUGUUCCUUAAAGAUGUACUGUUUGUGUUAUUCUCUGGUUAAAAAAAAAAAAUUUUCUAUCAAAAUUUCUUAUUUCGUUUCUACCAAUACCAAACUUAUUCACUUUAUGAAAGAUUUAUUGAAUGAAAAAUAUCAUCUCUUGUCAAGUCUUGGAAGACUUGUUUUACCAAUUUUGAAUAAUUUCCAGCCGACAACUAUAAUGAAGUUCUCAAAAGGGUAGACUGUUUCCUAGUCUAUGUAAUAGACCAUGGCGAAGAGCCAAUGGUCUAUGAUAUGUGAGCAGAUUCGCUGAUUUAUUAUGCAAGACAACGGCCUCUUGACCUCUAAAUUUUGACCAAUCAGCGGGCGAUUUCUGUAUAUCGGGUCUACGGUCAUUCACCCGUUGACGCAUUAAAGACAUGGAUAAAAGAAAACCUAGACACAGCAAACAAAGGCUGUGCUGGUCACGCGCUCUGUAUUAUGUUACGUGAUACGCGCCAAGCUUGUCUAGGUUCGAUAGAUCUAUGCCCGGCCGUUGUUGUAUUACAAAACACUGCAUUCAAAUUGACCAAUCAAACAUUGAGUCCUGAUUUGGAAAUGAAAUUA